CAAAGGGCAGGCGGGCUGGCUUCAGGCAGCGCCCUUGUGGCUACCUGGAAGCCCAACAAGUCACCGGAGUUCUGCCGGUGCCUCGGCUGCCAAUCUGCAGCCACCGGUGGGCAGUUCGCGGGAGCGCGAGGACACCCCUGCGGCGGGAAACCGGCUUUGGUCCUUAGGGCAGGUAGCCGGCCGGUGCGGCGGAGCCAGGUGCCAGGGGCUGGCGCGGGCGCCCAGGUAGCGCUUGCCGCAGCACCUGCCGCACCAAGCCCGCGCCCGGGGCGGGGCUUCCCGCGUCUCCUUUAAGAGGCCGCAGCACCCGCCCCUGACGUCAGGGUGUCUCUCCGCACGAGCCCUCGUCCCGCGCUGCUCCUCGCCCCCGCGCCCACAGCCUCAGCGGCGGCACGACGAGAGGCGGCCCGGCCAGCGUGCCGCUCAGCUCGGCCUUCCCGCCACGCUCUGCUGCCGCGCGCUGUCCCCACUGCAGCCGGCUGCUCGUCCUCCCAAACCAUGUCGGUGGCCGGGCUCAAGAAGCAAUUCCACAAAGCCACUCAGAAAGUGAGUGAGAAGGUUGGAGGAGCUGAAGGAACCAAGCUAGAUGAUGACUUCAGAGAGAUGGAGAGGAAAGUGGAUGUCACCAGCAGGGCUGUCAUGGAAAUAAUGACUAAGACAAUUGAGUACCUUCAACCCAAUCCAGCUUCCAGAGCCAAACUCAGCAUGAUCAACACCAUGUCAAAAAUCCGUGGCCAAGAAAAAGGGCCAGGCUAUCCCCAGGCAGAAGCACUGCUGGCCGAGGCCAUGCUUAAGUUCGGAAGAGAGCUUGGAGAUGACUGCAACUUCGGCCCCGCGCUUGGUGAGGUAGGGGAGGCCAUGCGGGAACUCUCAGAGGUGAAAGACUCUUUGGACAUGGAAGUGAAGCAGAACUUCAUUGACCCCCUUCAGAAUCUUCAUGACAAGGAUCUGAGGGAAAUUCAGCAUCAUCUAAAGAAGUUGGAGGGUCGACGCCUAGAUUUUGAUUAUAAGAAAAAACGACAAGGCAAGAUUCCCGAUGAAGAGUUACGUCAAGCGCUGGAGAAAUUUGAUGAGUCUAAAGAAAUUGCUGAGUCCAGCAUGUUCAAUCUAUUAGAGAUGGAUAUUGAACAGGUGAGCCAGCUCUCUGCACUUGUCCAAGCCCAGCUGGAGUACCAUAAGCAAGCCGUCCAGAUCCUGCAGCAGGUCACCGUUAGACUGGAAGAAAGAAUAAGACAAGCUUCAUCUCAGCCUCGAAGGGAGUAUCAGCCCAAACCUCGAAUGAGCCUGGAGUUUCCAACUGGGGACAGCACUCAGCCCAAUGGGGGCCUCUCCCACACAGGCACCCCCAAACCUGCAGGUGCCCCAAUGGAUCAGCCCUGCUGCCGAGCUCUGUAUGACUUUGAACCUGAAAAUGAAGGGGAGUUGGGUUUUAAAGAGGGUGAUAUCAUCACACUCACCAACCAGAUUGAUGAGAACUGGUAUGAGGGGAUGCUCCACGGACAGUCAGGCUUCUUCCCCAUCAAUUAUGUGGAGAUUCUGGUUGCUCUGCCCCAUUAGGAUGUUAUGGUGGCUGGCUCACCUCUUCUUGACCCAGAUAGUUAAGUUUAACCACUGCUUUGGUAAUGCUGCUUACAACACAUCCCAAGUGCAGGCCGCAGUGGUCCAAGUCAUCCAGCCCCACUGAGUAUCUUUGGUUGACUUGCGUGAGCCCAGGAAAGUCAUGGUGAUGGAUGGUGUCUUCUUCGCCUGGUGGGCAUGGCAUGUGCUUUUUAAUUACCAUCUGAGACCAGCCAGUAGUCACAGAACUGCUGUUUACACAGGUCUCAGGAGGCUGUGGCUUCUGAGACUAUGACCAUGCGCCACAUCCCAGAAAAACCAUCCCACCCACCGAAGAUACCGUCUAUCACCCGGGGCCAUCUCAAGGUCUCAGGUUCUUUAUUUCAAUAGAAGAGAAAGUUCUUGUUUUCACAUUGAUUGACCCCUCCCAAACAUGUGAGUCAUGGAAUUGUUGAAGAAAGCCUCCCUCACCAGCGAAGUGUCUUCUGGUUUGAAUGAGCCACUCCCUUGUUGCUGUCAACAGAGAAGUGUUGGGUGUGGGUUCAAAGCCUUCUCUGAAAACAGUCACCUUUGUUCCCCCUGCUUAUGCCUAUUGCUGAGGUACAUCCAGUUUUCUCCCCUCCCUGCUAUUAAGACCAGAGUGGAAUUCCCGUUUUAUGUCCAACUAAGACCAUUAGCAGCCAACAUUCUGUGGGUGGGGCUAAGGAGGAGAUUCUCUAUCAUGAGGACUUGGGAAGAGAUCUGGUUUCCAAGCUUAAAUUUCUUGCUGAAUAGAAACCAUGUAUGUAUAUAGGGCAUUUCUGAUGGUACAUGGAAAAGCAAAUAUCCUCACUUCAGUUUAUUUAUGAAUUCCAUGUUUCAUGAAUCCAUUUGGCACAGAGACACGAGGAGAAACCAUUUUCCCACUAGGUUAUAGACCGAGAAAAGUAACUGUCAUCACUUUCCACUUUCACCUUGUGUUCUUUGAACAUCAUUUGUGCAUAUUCUGCCCUCAAUGAGGACCAAAUAAAGAUGAUUUUUGUGCUUAGCAGUUUAAGAUGUGUGGCUGCAUAUGCAAAACUCUUUCCCAGUUCAGCCAUGACUUUUAUUUCUCUCCCUUCUUGCUCAUAUUCAUUUUGUGUGUACAGUGCUGUGCGUAAGCUUAUGAGUGGUUUUUUGGUUUUGUUUUUGUAUCAGUCAUUAAAGCCCUGUUAAGUAUCCAGAGUUCUAUUUAUCUAGCUGUACAGAUUCUCUCAGAGGUUUAAUGUGCUGCUUCGGAUGUGCUACCCGCGGUAGUGGAUCAUGUGGAGUGAAAGGCAAAUCUUAUUGCUUCGUGUAUAAACUCUUGCCACGGGAAGCAUCGCUGUUUCCAAUAAAUACUGCUGAAGACAGAA